UCGACGACGCCGGCGACGACGACGACGGCGGCGGCGCCGACGACGGCGGGGGCGGUGGUGGCGGGAGACGUCGUGACGCUGACGACGCCGCGGCCCGACACCGAGCGCGUCACUAACGAGUACGUGGAGACACCGUUCCGGCCCGCGACGGCGGCACCGUUGCCUGCCGCCGGCAAGCUGGCCGCCGCCCCCAAGCAGCGGCACCACCCGCUGUCCCUGCAGCUGCCGCCGAGCCGCGACUCGGCCCGCGACCACCAGGCGCUGCACCUGCCCGUCGUCGUGGCGCCGGGCAAGAGGCCGCAGCUGCCGCCCGCGCCGCACCACCACGCUCACCUCCUCCACCACCACCAUCACCACCACCACCCGCACACGUUCGAGAAGGAGGGCCGCGGGUACCCGGGGCCGGCGUCGGCGCUGUCGGGCGGCGGCGCGGGCAGCCCGCCGUCGGGCUCUGCGUCGGGCUCGUCGUCGCCGGGCGGCCGCGGCUCGGACGGGCGCGUGGUGGCGGCGCUGGGCAGCCUGGGGCCGGCGGGCGGCGUGCCCGACUGCUUCCGCGGCUCCAUCAUCUGCCCCGAGUGCGGCCGCUGCCGCUGCGAGUCGUGCCGCAAGCCGCGCCCGCUGCCGUCGCGCUGGCUCUGCGACAACUCGUGCUACUGCUCGGCCGAGACGGCGCUCGACUACGCGACGUGCCUGUGCUGCGUGAAGGGGCUGUUCUACCACUGCUGCCGCGACCACGACCUGGAGGGCGCGGACGAGCCCUGCGCGUGCGGGCCGCCGCGGUGCGCGGCGCGCUGGGGCUGCCUGUGCGCGCUGUCGCUGGCGCUGCCCUGCCUCUGGUGGUACUGGCCGCUGCGCGCCUGCCUGCGCCUCUGCGAGGCCUGCUACCGCCGCCACAGCGCCGCCGGCUGCCGCUGCCGGCCCGCCAGCUCGCUGCUGCUCGCCGCCUCCCCGGACUUCUGACCUAUUUAUUUUUGUACCACUUACGCUCUAGUGUCGGCCGUAUCAGGGAUUAUACAUAUAUAUAUAUAAAUAUAAAUACAUACUCCUUUCCUCCAUUUGUAACGCUUCCGGAAAGCGAGGCGGAGCAAAAAAAAAAUAACAAAAAAAUGUUGUCAGUGUAUACGUGGGCGCGCGCGUGUUCGUGUGUAUGAGAGUGAAUGAUCGACUGUACACACUUGCUUGCGAGAAAGAGAAAGAGACUGCAGUUUCGGACCGUGAGGCGCUAUCUUUCUCCGUCGCUGCCGGGACUCACUUUGGCAGCGAGCACUACCGCUUUUCUCCCGUCGUCCCGCCUGUCUUAAUCGACGCCGGAGCGACGGCCCGUCAUCUUCUCUCACCCUCCCCCCUCGUCCUCCCCUCCGCCGUCUCCUUCUCGGGGACCGUCUCCGGUCUCCGGAUUCGAUAACUAGCGCCCAGGUCCCGGCGAGAUUUCGCACCGAUCGGAAUCGGCCGUUCGAUAUUCCGGUCUCUGCGAAAUGCUGCCUCACCUGUUUGUCUACUGUUCGUCAAAUUUAAUCGACUCUCCCACCCCUCUUGGCACUCUCUCACCUACACACACACACACACACACACACACACACACACACACACUCUCGUAGUCACUACAUAGGUAACGUCACUUUGGAAGACAAAUAUCGGAGUAAUUUAAAAAAAUUUCACAGUACAUUACAGUAAUGAACUUGCAUUUGGACGGCAGUGGCAGUCGAGUUGUUGCGAACAGUCAAGCUCUAGUUUUGUGGGAUCUUUUUUUGUAAAGUGUACGAGAAUGUAUCGUGGUUGCAAGUUCCUAGAUAAUAUCUGAGAAUUGGAGUGGGUGAUGCUUUUUUUCCUCCUUGUAUUUUGGGUCGGGCCGCUUUCAUUUAAAAAAAAAAUCCCAAACAGGCAGCGACGUAACGGUCGUUUCACGUACAGGCACCAGCUCUGUACGUUUCACAUACGCACACACAAACAGGCACGUAGAAAGUGAGCGGCUCGGACAGUAGGUUUCCGGUCGAGGGACGUAUCGGGCAGUCGGGAAGUCUUUUUUUUUUUGUUUUUUUUUUGUAACUCGUAUAUGACGCGUUAAUCGUCAGUUGUAAUAAUUUCAGCUUUAAAUCAAACAAAAUCUAAAUAAAGUCUUUUUAUAGUCGAAACAAAUGGAACUAACUGUUAGUCAAUGUUUGUAUGUAGGGAAGAACUAAAUUUUAUCUACACGUAUCACUUAUGUUUCCUCUUGCCACAGUUUGUCAUUCCACCUGUCAAUCGGACGGGGAAAGGCGCAUCGGGAAUGUCGGUCGUAUUUUGGAGUAACCGUCUAGGACGCACUGGAGUCCAAAUUACUGGCACAUGGGGAAGCAGCGAUGAUAAGUUUGUAGAUAAUUAUUUCUAACUGUAUUUAUGUAAAUUUGAAAUGUUCUGUAUAAAGACUAUAUAAUUUUAAUUUAUUUUUGCACAAACACAAGAUUGCCAAACAAUUUUGUGUUUCGUUAAACAUACAAAAAUAUGGGGUACAAACUUGAAAUAACUCACCUAAUCUUACAUUUUCCUUUCAUUUUUGUCAGACUUUUAUUUUCAAAGGAUUUUUAUAGUAUUCUGAGUGAUUUUAAGCCGCUUACCUGUGCUGUCAAAGGAUGCGUCAUAGCAAACCAAAAUGUUAUUUAGUUUCUGGUCGCAUUAAGUUACUCACUGCCAUUAUUAGCAAAAAUGAGGAAAAAAGUGGCCUUCCUUUGGUUCUGUUUCAUUAUUUUGGGAAGUUGAUGGAUUGCAGACAAUCUGAAAUAUAUUUUGCAGUUUGGUGUAAGGUUAGUUAUUUGUACUCUAUGAAACAUAAUUUUAUGUGCUAGGAUUGUACCAAAGAUGGCCAUCUUAACAGAUGUAUACAACUUGCCGUAUGAUAGGACUCAUUUUACUACAAAAUUUUACAUACUAAUAGUUACUAUUAAUGUUUUUACAAAACACAUUUUAUUAAGAUUCUCAUUACAACUUUUCAUAUUAAGAAGCAUAGUAUAAAAGAAACGUAACUUGUUGAAUAUGGAGCAAGUAUGUACAAAGAUGUCUUUUUUUAACUUAAUAAUCUAUGUAUUUGUUGUAAAGAAAAUGCUUAUUUAUUAUAUUUUUCUGUCCUUUCAGAAGAUUUCUUAAACAUAAAAUAAUUAUAUUGCUAUAAAUAUAUAUAUAUGUAUAUGAAGUAAUUUCCUUUCUGUUACUUUUUAGAUGUUAAGGUUGAUGCCUUAUACAGUAUUAUCUAGUCUAAAAAACUUCAAGUUGUUUUGUCAUCAGAAUAAAUAAAUAAAUAAAUAUUGUAUAAUUGUGUAACCAAUUAGGGUAUGCAUAUCUUGAUUUCAUUUCACAAAAUCUUGCCUGCUUCAGAAAUGAGGUGUUACUGAAAAGUUAGACUGAAACAGAACUUCAUUUUCAAGUGAAGUACUGAUAUUUUUGCUCACAGUUUGAAGUUUAGUUACUAUCUUGUAUUGAUGUAGGUGUCAAUGCAGAAUGAACGGCCUCAUUUUUGGAGUAAAUACAUUUUUUGUGGACUGAAUCAAGUCAUACCUUGAUGCUAUUCAAUGUUGAAUGAUUGUAUCAUAUUAUUGUAUAGGUGGCAAAUGAACAAGUUAUGCUGCUGUUUUUAAUGACUCAUACUAAAUAAUAGCAGUUGUGCUAUACUGUCUCGAUAAAGAUAUGGUCAUGUAAAAAUGCAGCUUUGUAUAAUACUGUCUUGUAAAUAAUGUGAACUCGAAAAUUGUAAUAAUAAUAACAGUGAUCAACUGCA